UUAGUUUCACUAUGCUGAAGUGAAAUUUAAGAGACUGAGUGUGUAUUGUACACGUAAGCACAGUCUUGCAUUCUCUUCACAAAUCUUUUUUUGAAUAACUGCAUACAAUCUCCAGGCCUUGUUUGAUACUACAAACAGAAAGAGCUGAGAAAGCAGCCCCAGUUAAAGAAAGAUAUGGCGUCCUCUAGCAGUCUCCUGUCUGAAGAGCAGUUCCUGUGUUCUAUCUGUCUGGAUGUGUUCACUGAUCCUGUAGCCAUUCCAUGUGGACACAACUUCUGCAAGGCCUGUAUCAGAAAGUACUGGGAUACCACUGACCUGUGCCAGUGUCCAAUGUGUAAAAAAUCAUUUGAUAGGAGACCAGAUCUCUUUGUCAAUACUUUCAUUUCUGAGAUGGCUGCUCAGUUCAGGAAGUCAGUUCAAGUGAAAGCUACCAGCAGCCCAGAUCAUUGCCCUACUGAGCUUAGAGGAGUGGCCUGUGACGUCUGCACUGGGACGAAGCAUAAGGCCCUGAAGUCUUGCCUGGUGUGUCUGGCCUCUUACUGUGAGACUCACCUGGAGGCUCAUCAGAUAGCCCCAGCCCUGAAGAAACACAAGCUGAUCGACCCUGUGGAGAACCUGGAAGACAGGGUGUGUAAGGAGCAUGACAAACUCCUGGAGAUGUUCUGUAGGACUGACCAGACGUGUGUUUGUGUCUUGUGUAUAAAAACAGACCACAAGACUCACUACACCGUCCCUCUAAAGGAAGAGUAUGAAAAGAAGAAAGCCCAGCUGGGGAAGAUGGAGGUAGAAGUGCAACAGAUGAUCCAGAAGCAACUGCAGAAGGUUAAGGACAUCAAAUACUCAAUAGUGCUCUGCAAGAGAGACACCGAGAGAGAGAUAGCGGACAGCGUGCAGGUCUUCACUGCCCUGGUGCGCUCCAUUGAGAGAAGCCAGGCUGAUAUCAUUGAGGUGGUCGAGGAAAAGCAGAAAGCAGCAGAGAGGCGGGCUGAAGGCCUCAUUAAAGAGCUGGAGCAGGAAAUCACUGAGCUACAGAGGAGACACACUGAGCUGGAGCAGCUCUCACACACUGAGGACCACCUCCACCUCCUCCAGUGCUCCACAUCCCUCUGCAGCCUUCCUCCCAUCAAGGACAGGUCAAAGAUAAGUGUUCACAGUGGUCAGGGUGUGGGCACUCUGAGGAGAGCAGCGUCUCAGCUGGAGGAGACACUCAUUAGUGAAGUGAAGAAGUUGUGUGAUGCUGAGCUGAAAAUGAUUCAGCAGUAUGCAGUGGAUGUGACUUUGGAUCCUGAUACAGCAAACAGGUAUCUCAUCCUGUCUAAGGACAGGAAACAAGUGAGACAGUCAAACACAGCAAACAAUCACCGUGACAACCCAAAUAGGUUUUCCGAGUGUUCCAGUGUGAUAGGAAAGGAGAGCUUCUCCUCAGGGAGAUUUUACUAUGAGGUACAAGUGAAAGGGGGUGGCUGGGAUUUAGGAGUGGCCGGAGAGUCCAGCAACAGGAAGGGAGAGAUUUAUCUGAGCCCUCUUGAUUUAUACUGGGCUGUUGUGCUGAGGAAUGGGAACGAGUAUCAAGCUAAUGAAGACUCUGUUGUCCCCCUCUUCCUGAGAGAGAAGCCCCAGAAGGUGGGGGUGUUUGUGGAUUAUGAGGAGGGUCAGGUCUCUUUUUAUGAUGUGGAGGCCAGGUCUCAUAUCUACUCUUUCACUGGCUGCACCUUCACUGAGAAACUCUAUCCAUACUUCAGUCCUUAUUUUUCCAAACGCGGUCUAAACUCUAUCCCUCUGAUCAUAUGUCCUGUCGAAUACACAGACUGAGUUGCAACCUCCAAGUCUAACUUGGGGAAUCAUAUCUGUUGUCACAAAGGACAACCAAUAUGUUAACCAAUACUGUCGCUGUGAUAUUUUAUUUGUUUCCAACUUAUUGUGCAAACAAUGGCCUUAUGAUGUACGAUAGACAUUUUAAAACAUGCUGGAGCAGCUCUCACGUAGUGAGGUCCCCAUCCACCUCCUCCAGAGCUCCCCAUCCCUCUGCAGUCUUUCUCCCAUCAAGGACUGGUCUGAGAUCAGGGUUCACAGCAGUCUGGGUGUGGGGAACCUGCAGAGAGCUGCGUUUCAGCUGGAGGAGACACUGUGGAGUGAAGUGAACAAGCUGUGUGAUGCUGAGCUGAAGAGGAUUCAGCAGUGUGCUGUGGAUGUGACUCUGGAUGCUGAUACUGCUCACUUCUGUCUCACACUGUCUAAGAACAGGAAACAAGUGAGACCGGGAAACCCGCGUUAUAGUCUCCCUGACAAAGAGGUUUGACCCAGCUGCCUGUGUCCUGGGAAAUGAGGGCUUCUCCUCUGGGAGAUUCUACUAUGAGGUGCAGGUGAAUGGGCUUAACUGGGAUUUAGGAGUGGUCAGAGAGUCCACAAACAGGAAGGGAUACCUAACAAUGAGUCCUAAGGAUGGAUAUUGGACCAUGUGGCGGAAGACUGGAAAUACAUAUCAGGCUAAUGAUGACUCUGUUGUCCUCCUCCGCCUGAGAGAGACCCCCCAGAAGGUGGGAGCUUCACUGAAAAACUCUAUCCAUUAUUUAGCUCUUGCAUUACAAGUCGUGGUAAAAAACUGUGUCCCUCUGAUCAUCUCUCCUGUCAAUCACACGGACUGAGUUUCAACCUUAAAUUCUAACUCGUGAAAUAAGCCUGACAAAAGAAAAACAGUUCAGCCAUGUAAAGAGUUAAGUCUUACUGCAAGUGGAGAAAAUUGCAUGACAGUAUUACAUGGGGAGGAGUUUCACUUUGCUGAAGUGGAACCUAAGUCGAGAGACUUUAUGCGUAUUGUGCUCAGAUAGAAAACAUAUGUGUUUUUGAACAACUACAGUCCCUACACAGGAAGGGUCCAGAAAGCCAACAGAUAAAAUACAUUAAGCCAAUUAACUGUUAUUUAGUUUCACUCUUAUACAGUUCUGAUAUAUUUACAGUAUGGCCAAAAUAAUGUCUUGUAAAUAAAUUCUAAUCUUUACAAAAUCUCAGUUAAAUGAACGGGCCUUGUUACACGGUGAACAGCAGAAACCCAGUUAGUGUUAUAGUUAUUACUGUCACGACUUCCGCCGAAGUCGGUCCCUCUCCUUGUUCGGGCGGUGUUCGUCGGUCGACGUCACCUCUCCUUGUUCGGGCGGUGUUCGUCGGUCGACGUCACCUCUCCUUGUUCGGGCGGUGUUCGUCGGUCGACGUCACCUCUCCUUGUUCGGGCGGUGUUCGUCGGUCGACGUCACCUCUCCUUGUUCGGGCGGUGUUCGUCGGUCGACGUCACCUCUACUUGUUCGGGCGGUGUUCGGCGGUCGACGUCACCUCCUUGUUCGGGCGGUCUUCGGCGGUCGACGUCAACUCUCCUUGUUCGGUCGGUGUUCGGCGGUCGACGUCACCUCUCCUUGUUCGGGCGGUGUUCGUCGGUCCACGUCACCUCUCCUUGUUCGGGCGGUGUUCGGCGGUCGACGUCACCUCUCCUUGUUCGGGCGGUCUUCGGCGGUCGACGUCAACUCUCCUUGUUCGGUCGGUGUUCGGCGGUCGACGUCACCUCUCCUUGUUCGGGCGGUGUUCGUCGGUCCACGUCACCUCUCCUUGUUCGGGCGGUGUUCGGCGGUCGACGUCACCUCUCCUUGUUCGGGCGGUGUUCGACGUCACCGGCCUUCUAGCCAUCGCUGAUCCAUUUUCCAUUGGUUUUGUCUUCCUUCACACCUGGUUCCAAUCCCAUCAAUUACAUGUUGUGUAUUUAACCCUCUGUUUCCCCUCAUGUCCUUGUCGGAGAUUGUUUGAUUUUAUGUGAUAUGCAUGUAUUAUGUUGGUGUGCAACGGGUUUUGUACCCACUUUUGUUAUUUUGUACAUUUUGGUUUUUGGAGUUUUAUCAGCAUUUAUUAAACAACUCCGUUUAUACCAAGUUCGUUCUCCUGCGCCUGACUUCCCUGCCACCAACAUGCACCCCUUACAAUUACUGUCAUCAUAGACAACCCUGUUAGCCCAGAACUGGAUGGCGACUUCUAGGGCCAUAUGUAGCUUUAGCUAAGUUGUAGAAAUUGUACAUGUCGUUUUUGUCUGCAUAAAUUUGGAUUUCCUGUGCCUUAUUUGUCCACAAUUCGUUCUGUUAGAUUACUUGUUAGAUAUUACUGCAUGGUCGGAACUAGAAGCACAAGCAUUUCGCUACACUCGCAUGAACAUCUGCUAACCAUGUGUGACAAAUACAAUUUGAUUUGAUUUGCAGAGCACGCAAGGUCGUUUGCACUUCCUUGAGUGAUGCACACCACUGCUGGCGGAGGGUAGCAGAUGUGGGGCUGUUGAGAGUAGCCCCAUGCGUUUUGUGCAUAUUGUCCAGUAAGGUUGUGAUGGUGUCCGCAUUCUCAUCGAACCAGUCCGGAUAUUUCAUGCCUCUCUAGGCAAUAGAGUAGCCAAUAGAGUAUACAAGAGCAUGCACACAAACACACACACACAGUACCUGUAGCAGGAAUGUAGCUGCUGCACCCUGAACACUUGAAAAAAACAUGUGACCCUCCCCUAAACCCAGAAUAAUAAUUAAAACAAAGUGGAUAGCUGACAACAUACCGUUUACCCCAGCCUGGUCUCAGACUCAACCCAACAGGACACAUUUGUUUAUGUUAUGUUUGGUAUGGUUACAUAAGACAGAUGGUUACUUAUGGCAAAAAAUAAAAUAGGGUGUUGGUCAGGGUGGAUUGGUGGAUGUAUAACGUGAUGUUGUGAGUUCAAAUCUCAUCACGGACAACUAUAGCAUUUUAGCAACUUUGCAACUUCUUUGCAACUCCUUAGGAUGUUAGCUAACCGUUCCCCUAACCCUAACCCUUUUAGCUAAUCCUUCCCCUAGUCCUAACCCUUUAACCUAACUCCUAAACUUAACCCUAACCUCGCCUUAGCUAACGUUAGCCACCUAACCAGAAUUCGUAACAUAUCAUACAAGUUGUAAUUCAUAACAUAUCAUACUAAAAUGGGUGAAUGACAUCCAGAAAUGAAUACAUACCAUACAAAAUGUGAGAUCAUACUAGAUGAAGUGUCUCGUAUUUCUGUACAGAAUAAUAUCAAAUGCUCUGAGACCAGGUUGUCACUUCUUGGACAGAUCAGAGGCUUAGAUAUACCGUUUUAAAAGAUGUUCUUCGUCCUAUAUGCAUUACAUGGCAACACAGGAGUUUAGAAAGCGCACAGGGCUGCAGGCCAGAAGGUUGUGGGUUUGCAGACCACCGUGGACAAGAGUAGGGGUGGAAAGAUCACCUUUGUAGUAAAAGCAUUGCAGGAAUCUAUCACCGCAUUUGAAGGUCUGAGUAAAAAUAGCCUUCUAUAAAUAUCGAAUACAAUUUUACGUCAUUAUACAUAUUAGCAGAAUCUUUUUUAAUACCAGACAAAUUACCAAAAUGACAGGCUAAGAAUGGACAAAGAGAUAUGUCUGUGUUCAUCUUAUUACAUUUCCCCAAUGACAAAUCACUCUGUCUUGUUUGCAAUGAAACUGUCCCCGUUUGCAAACAAUUACAUCCGAGACGUCAUUAGGAAUCUGAGCAUGGUACUUUCAAAAGUUAGGCCUAACUUUCCACCCCAGACAGAGUAGGUCUACCUACACAGAAACAUGUCAGCUUUAACUGCUGGCUACUCUUCUUCCAUGGCUGUACCCAACGAGAAAAGUGUUUCCUUCAAAGCUGUCUGGGUUUUAACAUCUAUUGUACAGAAGGUGAAUAGCUUAAAUAAGCUGAUAGUGACAUUGCUUCCCAAGCAAACGUCUAUUUUUUGUCUCCUCGGCUAUAGGUUGUAGCUCAGCCUCUGAAUGUCAAAGAAACGAAACAAUGAUAUCCCCAUAUGCAUCAGAGUCACGUCUUUCCCAAGUAUUUUACAGAUUGCAAGAAACAUAAAGCACCACGGACCUAAGCGCUGAUCCAUUUUAUUCAAAAUCUUUAACGGGGUAGGCCUGUCCUUUUUGCCAUUUUCUUUAAAUAAAGUUAGGCCAAUAGCAUACCCUCUCAAUUCAAGUCUUGGUUUUAACUUAACUGACUUGGAGGUAGGCUAUUUAAAGAGUGCAUUGUGGGUGUAGGAAUUGACCAACAAAUCUAUGGAUAUAGCAGCCUAUAGCCUAAUUGUCUGUCAAACAGGUAGGUCCUACCUCUUAAAUAGGAAGAAAGAGGCUCCAACACAAAGCCCUCGUUGUUAGUAAAGUCUAAUUAAAAUGAAGGCAGUUGAAAUGAAUUAUGCCUACUCGAAUUUGCCUACUUCCAGCAC